ACAAUCUCACAAACAAUUUUCUCUUUCUUUACUCUCACUUUCUAUAAAACCAAACACCCCCUUAACCCAAAUUGGUCUAAGGUCUAGGCCUUUGACGAAAACCAAUUUUAUUCUAUUGGCACAAUCGCUCUACGUUCAAGUUUCUGUGGGCAACUCAAACAGAAACACCUUCGCAAAACGUUUUCUUAUAUUUAUUUUUGUUUUGUUUCUUCUUCCUCUUGCCUUUCUUGAAGAAGUGCCACCAUGAGCAACAGAAGCAGCAGCCGGAGCAAGGGUGGCGACGCGGAGGCGUUCAGGGUCACGAUCCCGGCCGACUUACGGCCUACCAUACAGACAAUACGGGAGACCACAGAGAGGCAGCACAGCGAUGAGGAGAUCUACUCUGUUCUUCAGGAUUGUUCAAUGGAUCCUAAUGAGACCGCUCAAAAGCUUCUUUAUUUAGAUACAUUUCAUGAGGUGAAAAAGAAACGUGAUCGGAAAAAGGAGGGACAAGGGAUCAGGGGUGGUCGGGGAAACUAUUAUUCCAGUUAUACCCCUUCUGUUGCUGGUGGUGGGAAGAAUGCAGCUUCGCGAAGGGAAAAUGGGCUCAUAGAGGGAGGCUCAGUUUUACGGAAAAUGAAAAAUAUUCAAGUAACUCAUGUGACAAAAGCUUCAACUGCUGUAUCCAAUGUUUCUUCAAGUUUAUCCAAUGGAAGCUUUAGUCAUGGACAUGGCAAUGAAUUGUCUGUGGAUGGUGUGGUUCCUGAAGCUAAAGAUAAUACUACUAUAGCUGCAAAAAAGUUGGAGACUGCACCGUUGCUACCUACACCCACUUUUGCCUCCCUGAUUAUAGAUCACCAAGAAAAGUUCUCAUUGAGUUCUAAUCACCUUCCUACCUCUGUCAGUCAAGCAUCUGUGUCUGGUGCCCAUUCCUUGGCUUCAGAUCCUGUACUGGCAUCACCAGUGCCUCAGAAUCCUGCUGCUGUGGGCACAAUUAUGUGUGAAGUAGGGAGCCAACACAAAGCUGCUGACUUGAAGCUUAUUAAGGGAAACAAAAACGUUUCCUUGGAUUUGGAAUCAUCCAAGAGUGAAAAGGGAGCCUCAAGCACUUCAGAUGCUGUCCACAAAAACGAGGAUGAAAGUCAAUCAGAAGUGGUUAAGAUUAAGCUGUCUGAGCCUUUACAGUCUUCUUCCUUGUCAACCCAAGACAGUUCUUUGGCUAUCAAUUCUUCUGACAAUGAUAGCCAAGCACUGCAGGAGUCUGUUAUAAUUUCUGAAGAGACAGUUAAAGCCAAUUCUCAGCUACAUCCUGAGUCAGCUGUUUUUGAUGGUCAACAUGUUACUUUUCCUAUUCACUUUAAAGUCUCGAAAGAAGUGAAAAAUGGCUUGACUUUUGGAAGUUUUGAUACUUGUUUUGGAUCUGUGGCAAAGGAUGUCAAUGGCACCGGUGUUGAGAUUAACUCUAUGCCUGCUGCUGAAUCAUCUUCUGCAAGUGAUGAAAUGGCCAGGGAACCUUCUCCUAGAAGUCGAAGCAUAUCACCAACUAUUCAAGGGGAAACUCUUGAUCAUCCACAGUCUAUGCCAUUUGUGGAUAAUGUGCUUCCAACAGUUGGUAAUAUCCUAACUGGCACAAACCUGAAGGAUGAGUUGGAGCAGGAAAUGCUCUUGCUUCCAGAAGGCCAAGAGAAGCCUCCUGUUCAAAGUGUUCCAAACUAUGGUCUUGGUUUAAUGUUUCCCCCAGCUGUGAGCCAGUCUAUACAAAUGGAAGGACCUGAGACUCAGGCACAUGAUGCUUCUUUAGAUAUAAACUUUGCUAAUGGAGUUUCUGUGACUCCAAGCUCAAGCCCAUCUCCAUCUGCUCCAAGCUCUAUUGCUGCUCCACAGCCUGUUCAUCUUUUCAGGCAGACUUAUCCAAACUUCUUCCCUUAUGGCCAGUACUUGCCACCUUAUUAUGUGCCACCAAUGCAUCAGUUCUUGAGUCCCAAUGGGCUACUACAGCAGCCUUCUUCUGGUAAUGUAUUUCUAUCAUCAGCAGCAGCAGCUGCUGCUGCUGCCACCUCUCCUGGAUUCAAGUUUCCUCUUUCACAAUUCAAGCCAGCAAGUAAUGCAGGAAACCCGGCUCAUAUGGGAAUUGCUGCUAGUUAUGGUUCAUAUGGCUCUUCUCCUGUUGGCUUCAAUCCUAUUGCUGCUGUGACCCCUGGAAAGUCUACCAAUAAUGAGGAGCUUACAGCAUCUCAGUUGAAAGAUAAUCAAAUCUACACAACAAGGCCACAGACUGAAGGUUCAGGUGUUUGGAUCCCUACAGCAGGACAUGAUUUAUCUAACAUGCAGAUCAAUCCUCUAUACAACCUUGCCCUUCAGGGACAGCACAUUGCUUUCGCCCCAGCACAAACUGGUCCCAAUGCUUUUCCCGGAAUAUAUCAACCAGCACAAACAUUAGCCACCCCUGCAAUUGUUAAUCCACUGUUGCAGCAAUCUCAAGCUGUGGCUGCAGCUGUUGAAACUAUGGCACUCCCAUCUGGUGCUUAUCAGCAGCCACAGGUUGCACAGCUCAAUUGGAAUCCCAGUUACUAAUCUAGCAAAACUUCUUACAACAAAAUGUGGUUGCUCUGAAGCUCUGGCCGAUAUUAGUGUAAAUAUAGUAUGCAUCCUAGAAGUCCUUGGUGGAAAUACAUGUUGCUGACCUUUUAAAAUUAUGAAUUUGACAGGUGCAGGUUAUUGUUUUUUCAUCUUGUUUUGGACUCAUUUCGCCCGCAAUUUCGCUUUGGAAGUGAACUAUUUUACUUUCUUCGCCUUUUUGGUUAGACUUGUUAAUUCCUUGAGAUCUUGUAGAAAUUUAAGAGGUCAAAUAGAGGUGGGAGUUACUAAAUUUUCCUUUUUGUUGUCUCACCUGUAAAUUAAAUUUUGAUAGUGAGGGAUUUAAGGAAAGUAUACUGCUGUAAUUGAUAUAUGGGAAUUGGCAUUUAUAUUUUAUAUUGAAAUUGAAGAAUGCAGAUCCCUCUUUUUGGUCA